AUGCAGAUUUUCCGGCCAGCGAUGGUCCUGGCCGUCUGCCUGCUAAACCCAGCCUCCGCGAAGUCAAGCCACCGGAGACGGGACGUGUGUGACGUGCAGAACAACGAUGCGGCGCUUGAUGCAUGUGGCAUGAAGAAAGCCUUUGGCGGGAGCACGGUGUAUCCCGAGCUCUUGGCCAAUUUUUCCCCCAAGGGUGCGCUCUACGUCCGCUACGACAACGUGGUUGUCGGCGGGGCCCAGCAGCUCGCGCCCAAUCGGGUGUCCGCAAAGCCGUCGCUCUCGAUGCAUUUCAUCCAGGGCCCGCAGAGCAUGUCCUCGAAGAAGUUCGCGGCCCUCGGCAUAGACUACCAGCCGGACGGAAAGCUCACCAAGCUGUUUUGGCUCCAGCCCGAGAUGCAAGUGGACCGGAACACGGGGGCCAUGACCUCGACUGCGGCCCCUAUCAUCCCUUACAAGCCGCCCACCCCUCCGCAAGGCACAGGCACCCACGAGUAUGUGGUCCUGGUCUUUGAGGAGGCCGGCGCCGGUCUAUCCGCAUUCCUCGCCCAGAACCCGCACUUGAAAGCGCUCCUCUCUGGGUCAUUCAACCUCGAGGACAUGCUAGCCCACACCCAGUUGCGCAACUCCUUGGUGGCCGGCAGUUUCUUCAAGUCCACUCACCAAUAG